AAAUUAAAAUGUGAUUACACUCGUAAAUUUUGAAAAUCAUUAUCUCAUAACUAAUAAAAGUGUCGACACAAACAAACUUAACCGCUUGCUGUAAAGUGACCGCUGAAGAAUUCUGUGCGGUUAUCUUAUCUAGCCGAUUUGACUAAAAAAUUAAACGAAUUCGCAAAUAAGAAUAGACCAGCUAACGCAUAACAAUAACAGUUACUUUCUCGCGCUUCAAACAGACACAUUGUAAGUGUUAAAAUUUCGGAAAAAAUUAAAAAUUAAUUUAAAGUCAUGACGGUGGGACUUUUAAGAAUACUGCUUUGGCCAAUUUUGGUUGCAUUGCUCGGCGUAAACUUCGCUUUGGGUAAACCCGUCUCGACAUUGCAGGAUGCCGAAGAGUCGGCGGGCAUGUUUGAAGGCGAUAUGAUUUUAACUGAGGCUCAAGAACGCCUGCUACGGAGUACGCAACAAGGCAGAAAUGGUUUGGUUGACGAGACCAAACGGUGGCCAAAUCGUGUUGUGUACUACAAGAUUGUCGGCGAUUUCGAUGCCAUUCAUCGCCAAGCCAUUCUGGACGCCAUAGAAGUGUUGGAAACACGCACAUGUUUGAAAUUUCGCGAGGCCAGUACAUCCUCUAAGCAAUAUGUGGCAAUUUCAUCCAAGGCGGGUGGCUGCUUCACCGCCGUUGGCUAUCAGGCCAAAGUGCAGACAAUGAACCUGGAGAAUUAUCCGAUUGGCGAGGGUUGCUUCCGACCGGGCACCAUAUUGCACGAGUUCAUGCACGCGCUCGGCUUUUAUCAUCAGCAAAGCGAUAGUGAACGCGAUGAAUUCAUACAAGUUGUCUAUGACAAUAUUGUGGCGGGCAAAGAGUUAAACUUUGAAAAGUACAAUGCCUCGUAUGUGACCGAUUUCGAUAUGGGUUACGAUUAUGAUAGCUGUCUACAUUAUAGAGCUGGUGCAUUUUCGAAGAAUGGUCAAGAUACCAUAGUGCCACUUGAUAAAACCGCACGUAUCGGCCAACGAGAUCAUUUGAGUAAAAUGGAUAUAAACAAAAUUAAUAUCAUGUAUAAGUGUCCCAUAUUAACGUAGAACUUGUGUAAAGUUGUGGAACUAAACAUAUAUGUAAAUAUUUAAUUUAUUUGUGAUAUCACUGGUUAUUUAUGUAUAUAAUUUUAAGUUAUAGUUUUAGUAGUAAUUAUAUUAUUAUAUAACUGAAAAUAAAUAAAUAAUCUUAAUAAUAAUAUU